AAUCUGCGGGAAUCGGAGCCCUUCAUUCCCGCAGAAAAACGGGUACUAACACGAUCUUUUGCAGGAACGGAUUAUUAAUAUGUCUACCACUAGAGUUGCAAUUGUGUCUGGGUCAAAUAGGGGGUUGGGGUUAGCUAUUGUAAGGGGGUUAUGCAAGGACUUUAAGGGUGAUGUUUACCUUUGUUCUCGGAGUGAGGCAUCGGGUAAGGAAGCUGUGAAAUCGCUUGAAACCGAAGGAUUGUGCCCGAAGUACCAUCAGCUCGAUAUCUGCGACGAAAAUAGUGUUUUAUCGCUCAAGGAAUUCCUGGUGAAGAAUUAUGGUGGGUUGGAUGUCUUGGUGAAUAACGCUGGCUUCGCUUAUAAAUCAGCGAGCACUGAACCAUUUGGUAAGCAAGCACGGGAUACAGUAGAUGUCAAUUACUACGGCACGCUUAAAAUAUCUAAUAUUUUGCUGCCAAUAAUGAAGAAAGGUGGUCGAGUGGUUAACGUGUCAAGUUUUGUGAGUUUGAUGUCAAUAAAGAAAUGCAGCGAGGAAUUGCAAAGUAUUUUCCGGUCCCAAACCAUCACAGAGGAGGAACUGAGCUCAAAAAUGGAGGAAUUUGUGGCUCAUGCUAGAGCUGGGGACCAUGUUACACAUGGGUGGCCCGACACUGCAUAUGGGGUGUCGAAGGUUGGGGUUUCCGUCAUGACGUGGAUACAAGCUCGGCAGAUGCGCAUGAGGGGCCUCGACGACGUUCUAAUCAACGCUUGUUGCCCAGGUUGGGUGAGAACGGACAUGGCGGGGCCAAAAGCGACAAAGUCUCCAGAUGAGGGCGCUAUAACACCUCUGUACUGUGCACUGCUACCAGAGGGAGCUAAAGAGCCGCAUGGGAAAUUCCUAUCGGACAAAACCAUCAAGGAAUGGUAACCAUGGAAACCGUGGAAAUGUAGUUAUUGAACUAAUCACACACAAUGAACCAUGAUUAAGUAAUGAUGUAUUUGUAUAUAUUAGUUAUUGUGGCAAGAAAUAUUCUUCAAAUCGUCUUUUUAAAAGUUCCAAAAACACAAUUCAAAUAUAAACAGUUCAUAUAUAUUUAUCACAAUUGUCUUCAUUUUCAAUCAACCAUUAGUAUGAUGUAUUUCGGCUGUUAUGUUUGUAUUAAAAUUGAACUGUUGUAUUGUUGUAAUAGUUAACAAAAUUGUUUGAAACCUCAUUUCAUUGAAAAGUGCAUAAAAUACAUUGUCAGUUUCAAUACGAGCACUACAGCUCAUAUUACUGUCUUAAACAAUUGUCAGAAGAUCCCUUUCACAUUUACAGUGCAGCUGAUGGCAACAAUACAUAUAUUACAAUUACAUAUGUACGACACAAUUGUCUUCUUUUAAAACUAAAACCAUCUUCAUAUAAAGACACUAUAUAUGGGAUAUUAUGUUUGUAUUGAAACUAGACCUCUUUCUACAUAAGAAUGAGUGUAAAUUUAAAUUGUUUGAAACUUUUUACGUUGCACGUUACUUACUAUGCCAACAUGUAGCAAAGCUUAAACUAAGCAUUUAUGAUUAUGUUACUGCAUGUUAUUUACUAUAAUUGUGAUUAAUCCUUUGCAGA